GUGCUCGUAGUGCAUAUAAACUACAGGAAUUAGAUCACAAAUAUAAUCUCAUUAUACCUAAUUCAGUAAUUAUUGAUUGCGGUGCUUCCCCCGGCAGUUGGUGUCAAUAUAUUUCUCGUAAAAUAUUUCUAUCAAAGAAUGUGGAUGUGAAUAUUGAUAAUAGCUCAAAGAAUGUAGAUGUGAAUGCUGAUAAUAGCUUAAUAAUCGCUGUUGAUUUAUUACCCAUUGAUCCAAUAACUGGUGUAAAAAUUAUACAAGGCGAUUUUACUGAAUCAGUGACGCAGCAAAAAAUUAUUGAUUUAUUAAACAAAAGGCAUGUUGAUGUUGUACUUAAUGAUAUGGCACCUAAUUUUACUGGAAAUCAUUUCGUGGAUCACGUUAGAUCAAUGGAAUUAUGUGAAUGUUCAUUGGCUUUUGCCGAACUUGUAUUAAAAUCUGGUGGUACUUUUCUGUGUAAGUUCUUAAUGGGUGAAUCCGAACCUGAGUUUAGAAACAAGUUGAAAUCCAAGUUUAAAAAGAUUCGUUAUGAGAAACCACAUUCUUCACGAAAUAAAUCAACUGAAGGUUACUUUGUGUGUUUAGAAUUUAAUAAAAAUGUCACUGAUGGUAUGACAUAA